UUUAGCAGACGAAGAACAUUACAACGCAUUUAUUAUUCAAAGUCCACAUUCCUCAAGACUCACGUGGGUCUCUCUUACGUAUAUGUAGGCUUAAAAUCGUGUGGAUUGGAAUCUCUUUCUCCAUGUAGCAGUACUAUAAAAGAUUUAGAAUGGAAAAGUCAAUUAGUAAUUGCCCACAGUGUAGAGAACCCUAUUCCAGUAGCUUACCCAAAACAAGUCAUUACAUGAGAUGUGGUUUGCCAUUGACUUUACAUUGUGGUCAUGGUGUUUGCUAUCACUGUAUAGUUUCCAAAAGAUCUCACCCAAAACGUGGCACUGCAUCGUCUACUAAAGGCCCAGACUCCACCACCAUCAGUUGUGCCGUCUGUAAAUGUGUGUCUGUUAUUCCACACGAAGCUGUUCAAAAUGUGCUGGCAGUCAUCAACUGCUAUCAGUUGGGCCUGAUCCAGCUGAAUGAGCUGGGGAUUGAUAUGGCAGCGGAAAACAUUGGCUUUAGAGAUGGAUCUAGAGGAUUGUUCGUCCCCAGUAGCCCAGAACUGGUUUUGGAAAGACCCCAGCUACUUAAUCCCACAGGAAAAUGCCCCAUUCACAACACCUCAAUAGACUUCUGGUGCUACAACGAUGAAGUUCUGUUGUGUGGGGGUUGCAGGAUAUCUUGCCAUCUUGGCCAUGAUGUUGUCAGGUUGUUGGACAGGAACAAAGAGGAGCUAGAAAGUUUCUAUGGAGCGGCUGAAGAAGCGGUGGAAUUGGUCAGCAAUAUGAAGAAAACGUGCAGUUACAUCAAAGGACAGUCUGAGCGCGUGAAAUUAGAGUACGACCUACUCAUCAAACAGUUGCGAGGCCAUUUUGCCGAAUUGCACACCCUUUUGGCUUCCAGGGAACAGCAGAUGCAGCACGAGUUGUUCCAAAGAUUCCAGGAACGAACUGGCUCCCUCAACAACGCCGAACGUCACAUCCGGGAAGGCCAACUGGACUUGAGUAAGCGAUUGCAGAAGGCCACCAAGGCAGUGAGCAGCGACAUUCCGCCCAGUAGGUCAGCCAUCGCCCGUUGGACACAAUCGAUCCGCCAGUUCAAUUCCUACAAGAAUCUCGUCGACGAGACGCGGGAUAAUGUGAACUCGGUGACUCUGUCGGCUGUAUUUGAACCGGAUGAGGAGUACAUCCAUCACCUUCGCCACGAUUCGGUGGCCACUGUCAGUUCAGAGUACGAAGGCUCAUCCUAUUGGAAUCGCCUGCUCAGUCAGUUUGACGAUUGCAAGCAGGAAAAGGAUCGCCAAUCGCUGGAUCAUUUGAGUUCGACUUCUCCUUGCGAACCGACCGAGAAGAAGAGGGCCCGGAAGCACAUGAAUUCGUCACCUCUGGCCAUCAAUCAUUACGAGAGCGGCAUGCAGCUGACUGGACGUGUCGUCCACGACGAAGACAAAUGUUUCUACAUUCAAGUUCAUAGCCAAAACGGCGAUGGAGGCCGCGAGGAGCUGAAAAAGCUUCAAACUCUUAUUCAAACCUGCGAGAAGAAUCCCGCGCCUCGGUUGAGCGAACUGAAACUGGGUCAGCUGGUGGCCGGCCGUUUCCACGGAAAAUGGUACCGCGCCUUGAUCGAGGAGAUCAACUUUAAUUGUGACGAUCUGGCCAUCUUUUUUGUCGACUAUGGCAACCGAAAAUUCGCGACGGUUCAAACGAUUCGGCUGCUGGGCAACGGGAUGUCCGAUUUACCGGCUCAAGCCGUCCGCUGCUGUCAGACGGAUUCACAGACGUCCGUUUCUCACAGCGAACCGAAAUUCGUCAACGUACGUGUUGAUCGUGUUGAUCCGGGCGGGGUUGGCCGAUCGGACGGCCAAGAGUACACCCUCUGGGUCACAGUGUGUCCGUCGCCGGUCGACGAGAACAUUAUCAACACCAUCACUCCGCCCAAGGAGCCAGUGGAUCCUUUUACUGCGUAUACGCCGAUGAGUAUCCACAAAGCGGUGCGCACACUUCCAACCCCUCCUCCGCCGGAAGCGAUUGUGGCCAAGAGGAAGCGCUUCCCAGCCAAAGAUUGGGUUCCCAGGACUCCACGUGCAGGACCCUCAGAUAUCCCCUAUGUCUCUGAUUAUCAUCACCCUGCUCCUGUUCCAUCCAUUCACUCCUCUGCGAAAUCGGCAUUCAGAGCCUCGCCAGUGCCGUCACAGUCGCCCGUCUACGUCCCGCCACCACCGGCCCUUUAUGAAGGACAGGAGAACCGCUUCCGGACAAAAGUAGUCGUCAGUCACUUAAAUUCGACCGGAGAAUUUUAUAUCCAGAUUGACAAGGCUCAAGAGACGUACGUCAACUUGACUCGGCAGCUGGACGUUCAUUUCGCCAACUCGUCGCUUUUGCUGGAGCAGUUGAAUCAGACGGACAUGAAGACUAUCGGUUUGAUCUGCGCCGCCAACGUCGACGGCCAUUGGAAUCGCUGCCGGAUCGUGGACAUUGUUGACGACAAGACGGUGACACUUUACCUGACGGAUGUUGGCAAAAAGAUCCAAGUCGACUGCACGCAACUCUACCGGCUGAGUCAUCCCCGAUGGAUGGAAACGCCGGCACUGGCUUUGGAAUGUCGUUUGUGGGGCGUCCGCCCAGCUGGCCAUAUGACCAAAUGGUCGGGUUCUGCCACCGACAAGAUGAGAAAAAAAAUCAAGGAGUGCAGCGCUCUCUUCGUCCAAGUUUAUUUCGUCCAGGAGGAAUUAGACGACACUGGACUUUUCCAGUCUGUUCAUUACGUCCGGCUCUACCAUGAAUACAUCAAACCAGGCGGCCCACUGGAAUUUGACCAAACGCUGACGGGUUGCAUUAACGACGAGUUGCUGGACCGGGGACUGGCCCUGAGGGAUCCUAUGCUGGUGACGCUGCAGCCUUCGCCCAAACGUUGGCUGCCCAGCGUGACUCUCCCUCCGGAAUUGGAAAGAGCUUUGCCCAUUUGGAUGGAUGACGACGGUCGGCUUUACUUCCAUCGUCCGACGGGACCUACCAAUCACGUGAGCGUCAUCAACAAACUCAUCAACUGGCACUACGAAAAGUCGACGCCGACACCGGCCGAUUUGGCCCAUUGGGUCAAGGAUGAGCCCUGCAUCGUUUUGUACACGGAUCAGAAAUGGUACCGGGCCAUCGUCUUGACGGCCGACGACGAGGCCACAUCGGCCUUUGUUCUGUUUGUCGACUACGGCAACCCUGAGAAGGUGUCGUACGAGAACAUGAGGAAAUCCCUGCUCUGCUACGAGUAUCCAAUCCAGGCCAGCAGGUGCCGUCUGUCGAGAUACCCCGGACCAGAAACGAAGCCCACCGAAGACGAAUUGGAGAUGCUGCACCAUAUCCUGAUCGAUAAGGAAAUUACGGUGCGGGUUCUCGAACCGGCUACCAGCGGAUCCGAUCCCGUCGUCGACAUUUGGUUUCCCGACGAAGGAGCGAAGGAUCUCAAGGAUAUAUUCCAGCAAUUGCGCCCGGAAUACAGGUACUCUGGCACUCGUUCGAAAGCCUCUGGUUCUCCAGUGGAUUCGUCACCCCGCCCAGGUACUCCGGCGCCGACUCUUCCGCUGAGCACCGUCGACCUGGACGACUCGAUUUUCGACGCGAAUUCGUCCGACUUCUCGGACGACGUGUACCCGAUUUUUAAUUUUGACGUGUUCCACGAGUCAAGAGAGAUGGACGUGUACCGGCCUCUGUUCAUCCCCCGCCGAGUCUCGCUGCCCAUCCGCAUCAUUUCCUUCGACUAUGAACAAUGCCAGGGCGUGUUCAGUCCGGAGCGGAUAAGUUUCGGCGACAGUCCGCACCAGUGGCAGGAGCAGGUGGAAGGUUACGCACGUCUCAGCUCCGAAUUGCAGAGAGCCGCGCCCCUUUUCCCGGACCUGGACGUUGUCGAAUCUGGGAGUCCGUGCACUUGUCGCUACCCGGAAGACGGUAGGUGGCAGCGCGGCAAGGUGCUCGGCUACGAUGACGAUAACCUGGAAUACCUGCGAAUCGAGUUGGUCGACAUGGGAAUGACCGUCAAGUUGCGCAAGUACAAGAUCAAGCAAUUGGCCACCGAAUACCUUGGCUUGCCUCGUCAUUCGGCCAAGGCCAAGAUGAGCUACCCUGCGGUCCCCUCUUGGCAUGCGCCAGAUCUCAGUUUCAUCCGCUCUCGCCAUAAGAAAGGCAAACACAGCUUCGUGUCCUUUUUCAAAGAAAUUAAUGAACCACUUGAGAUGAAAUUGUUGUUCAAAGACUGCCAAGGAAAACUCAUUCCGGCCAUCGAGUAAUCCAGCGGAAGCGGAAAACUUUAUUUUUUUGGCGUCAAACGAAAAAGCGGCGGGUGAUAUUAUUUUGUGUUUCGUUUCCUAAAAUUUCGUUUUUUUUCUUUCUUCCAAUCAAGAAAGAGAAUGGCGAAACAGAAUUCUGCGCAUCUCAUUUUCGUUGUUGUUGUUCAUCGCUUGUCCGUCGCCCUUUUUCGUGUAUUUGCAAAAUGAAUAGAAAAUACAGAUCAAACCACAAUAACAAAAAGUGUUAUGGCCGCUGUGAUUGGUCACUGCGGUUCAAAUGAUGAUGAAUAUUCCCAACUGCCAGAAAAUACCUUGACCAGCAGAGACUUUGUGGGUUUCCAGAGACAUUGCAGCAAUUUGAUGGAUGAGUUUUGGAUAUUUUUUAUUUUAUUUUCUAAAUCCCCCCCACCUUUUUCUUUUCUAGAACGCACCACCCCCCCUCGGGGCUUCUCGUUCACAUAUAUACCUGUUUACCGGUAUAACAUCAUCUACGUCUGGUUCUUUUUCUAGGUAAUCCAUUUGUUUUUUCGUUGUUGUUGUUGUUUUUCCCCCCGCAAGUAAAUCGAAAGGGAGUCUCUCUAAAGCCUCUGAGCUGCUGGAGGGCUUUUGACAAGGUGAAUCCAGGAUCCGUUCCAUUAUCGAUGGACGGCACUCUCGAGUUGUUUGUGGCUUGAAAUAACUUUGGCAUUUAUCAAGGAGCCGAUCGAUGGCUCUCGAAGUUUUUAUUUUCGAUCCAAAAAGUAAAUAAAUUGUUGGAGAGGUUUUCAAGAGGGUCGAGACGACCACCAGUUAAUCAAUUAACCGCUAUUGGAAGUUGGACUAGUUCCUCUUGUUUUUAAAAGUCGCAGCAGCAACCGGCCCAGAUUGAAAUCGAUUUGGGUUUGGGAAACCUGGAUAUUAGCCAUUCACGACGUAAAUGGCGAAUUAAAGAAAAACCACUUCCUCGACUCUGGCCAAUUUUGUCCAAUCAAGUGAGUCGACACGCUGACACACAUUUUGCAACAAUGUUGAAAUGUGGCAACGCUGGCGCUGCUGUCGAUGGCAUCUUUUUUCUCUUGACGUCUUCCCUUCGCCUAUUUCUCAGUGUCUGUUUGUGUGUGUGUUUGUGGGUGUGUUCCGUCCAUAGUGCCUUUUGUGUGUCUUGUGUGUUUUUUUUGAGUUUGUUUCAGUUAUUUUUCCCCAAUGAAAUUCGUCCGAUGUUGAGGCCGUAAGACAGACAACAACGAAAAACAUGGCGUCGUUAUGGAUGAAACGCCGUUGCUAUGAACUUUGUUUGACGGUUGCCACUUGCUGAGAGAGGCGGCGUUCAUUGUUGUAUUACACCUUAUGCCUUUUUUCUCCCGGAUGACACAUCGUUGACAACGGGCCACCAUCGAGUGCUUCAUAAACGCUCGCCAUCGAUUCAACAAUAAAAAGACAGGCAGGAAGAGAGAGA